UCUGCGAUGCCUAGUGGACGAAUUCCACUUCCAUCACUUACUUUGCAGCCUCGGCUCGCCUCAGCUUGGAUUUGUGCUGUGGUGCUGCCAUGGAACGUCGCCAAGUGCUGCUGGCUCUGCUCUACGUUGCAGCUCUCCUUCCUGCUGCUCUAUCCCAGACUGUCUCGAGCUUCGCCUCCAACGAGCUUGACGCGUUGCAAAGCCUUUGGGGUGCGUGGAAUGAGAGCACCCCGAACACCAACGUGAACUUAGCCGGAUGGUUCUCUUCACCGGGACGAGAUUUCUUUCCUUGCAACACAAACGUUGAAAGGAAAUGGCGGGGGCUUACCUGCUUGCAGCAUCGGUUGAAUGACAGCACGGUUAUCAACUGGAUCAUUGGCUUAACAUUGAGCGACGCAUCAAUCGUGGGUAUCUUACCACUGGAGAUACAGAAGCUCAGCAACCUCGUCACCUUAACCUUAACGGGGAACGCGAAUUUGACAGGUCCUUUACCUCCAGAGAUCGGGUCUAUCCCUCUCAAUGUUCUAGACCUUCAUGACAACGGAUUUAAUGGAACACUUCCAAAGGAGAUAUCACGCCUUAGUAACCUUUUGAUCAUAGAUUUGAGCGGCAAUCGUUUUGAAGGCCCAUUUCCGACCUUUUUUAUACUCAGUGUCAGGACAGCAUUGCAAGUGUUCAAACUUGCCCGGAAUCUCUUUGAGGGCGACAUACCGCAAAAUGCUUUCCAAAACAUGACCGAAUUACUCACAAUGGAUUUGUCUAGAAAUAAGUUCACAGGUCCACCUCCGAAUCUGACCUUCAGCAAAAAUUUAAACAACCUAAAUCUGAGUUCAAACCUCUUCACAGGGUUCUCACCUCUGCCAUUAUACUUCUCAAGCUUGCUUCCCUCGAAACUUUCAGUGGUUGAUCUAUCAGACCUUAACAUUGGUGGGGGAGUUCCCGACUGGCACUCCUUGGAGCUCCCACGACUAGAAAAUUUGUAUCUUGAUAGCAACAAUAUUGCUGGAGUUCUGGAUAUUUCAGCUGUUGUUGGUAGCAGUUUUGGUAGGACUUUGCGAGUAUUGAGCAUGAAAAACAACAACAUCACAAAUGUUGUCUACACCAAUGCAUUCAUUGACGGAGCACAGCCACAAAUCUUUUUGCAGGGCAAUCCUUAUUGCGAAGGUUCUACUAAGGAAGAUGAUGGCAAAAGGUGUUAUUGCCAGCAGGUUUGCUUUCUUUCGCCAAGCUCUUCAGGGAGAAAGAGUGAUCUUAGGGUCAUCAUAAUCAGUACUUCGUGCUCCGGGGUUAUAUUGGCAUUGGUGGUCUUGAUUUAUUCAUUUGUCCUUCACCGGAAUAGAAUGAAAAUGCGUUCUCUUUACGAAAAAAUUGAGAAAUCUGAAGUGAAUGCCAAAAGGUUCGAGUACAACCAACUUCGUGUUGCAACCUGCAACUUUUCCCCGAAAAUGAAAUUGGGUACUGGAGCCUUCGGUGCUGUUUACAAGGGUAUCUUGCCGAACCACACCGUGGUAGCUGUGAAGCAGCUUUUCCUCAAAACAAAAGAAGCCUGCGACGACUUCGUCAACGAGGUGCUCCUCAUUACUAACUUGCAACAUCGGAACCUAGUGUGUCUAAAAGGCUAUUCCCUGCGUGGGAAAGAGAUGCUCCUAGUCUAUGAAUACGUGGAGAAUGGGGAUCUUGAAAAGCUUCUGUUCAGUGCGCCGGGGGGUUCAACUCCGCAGGCACUGAAUUGGCAAGCUCGAAUGAACAUAUGUAUGGGUGUGGCGCAAGGUUUGUAUUAUCUACACGCAUCUUCUCAAUCCAGAAUCAUCCACCGAGACAUCAAAGCCAGCAACAUACUACUGGACCAGAAGCUCCAUCCGAAGAUUGCAGAUUUUGGAUUAGCCCGGCCGCUACAAGACGAGUGCAGUCAUAUCGUCACCGAUCACCGUGCUGGGACACUCGGCUAUCUAGCACCCGAAUACUUGCUUUUUGGCCAGCUCUCGGAGAAGGCGGAUGUGUUUAGCUUCGGCGUUUUGCUUUUGGAGAUUAUUACCGGCAGAAAAAACAGAAAUCCCAAAAUACAAGACAACGAGUAUCUGCCCAUUUACGCUUGCAGACUGCACGGCGAUGGCAAGCUCAUGGACCUUCUGGACCGGAGGCUUCAGCUAGACUCCACCAACACCACAGAGCUGAAGCAAGUGCACAGGGUACUCAAAGCCGCCAUCCUCUGUGCACAAAUGUCACCGGAGCAGCGACCCACAAUGUUCCGCGUGCUCACAAUGCUAGCUGGCGACGUAGAUGUCGAGGUACCUAAAACGAUUGACACCAUCUCGUGGUCUGAGUUUCGCUCGCACCAGCUUUCCGGCUCCUCAUCCACUGCAACCAGAUCGAGGUCGACGAUGAUGUAUGGAGAUGUUACUGUGGAGCUCAGCUCGAUGAAGAGCAUCUUGACGAACCAAAUUCUUGCAGAAGCAAGCUGUUGAAAGUCACUGACGCUGUUUCAUGACGAAUCUGAAUGCGUCGCAUCUGAAACGAUCCACCGCAGCUUGCUUGCCUGGCGCUUCAGGAAGCUCAGCAACUGUGUGGUUCGGCAACUUGCUCGUUAUACCGCAAUGUGCAUACAUCAUUGUUUUAGGUUAUUAGGGUGAUGGUUUUAAAGGUUUGGAAGUUAGGCAGACAAUUUAAACAUGGGAACAGAUCUUGAAUGCAUACAUGUACAUGUGUUUGUAAAACAGAGAGAAGGUGGCCAAAUAUUGUAUGAAAUGCGUUAUAAAAUGUGAACGGAACGUUCUGUGGUUACGAAAUGCUUAAA